AAGUCCAUAAAUAAUGGUAUUCUUCUUGCUCAGAGAGCCACAAUCCAGAAAAGAAAAAAUGGACCUUAUUCCUACAACACCCCUGCUCUGUUUUUCCUGCCUUUUCAUUGUGUUUUGCAUGUCGUACUCGGUGGAGGUGGAGGUAGCUGUGGCUCCGAACAAUACGGCUAUCACAACAAUUCCAGUGAAUGUGGGUAUGGUUCUUGAUUUGGAUAUGUGGGUGGGGAAGUUAGGGUUGAGCUGCUUUAACAUGGCCCUCUCCGAUUUUUAUUCCAAUCACAGUGACUACAGAACCAGACUGGUUUUAAACACAAGGGAUUCCAAGGGAGAUGUUGUUGGGGCGGCUGCUGCCGCUCUGGACUUGAUCAAGAGUACACAGGUACAAGCAAUCAUAGGGCCCGAGGAUUCAGUGCAGGCAAACUUCAUCAUAGACGUUGGAAACAAAGCUCGAGUGCCCAUCAUCUCCUUCUCCGCAACCAGUCCUUCCCUUUCCUCCAUCCGCCGCCCAUAUUUUUUCCGAGCAACACAUAACGACUCGUCUCAAGUCAAAGCCAUCAGUGCCAUAAUCCAAGCCUUUGGAUGGAGAGAAGCCGUGCCCAUAUACAUAGACAACGAGUUUGGAGAAGGAGUCAUACCGUAUUUGUUUGAUGCCUUGGAAGAGAUCAACGUCCGAAUUCCUUACCGGAGCGUUAUUUCUCCGGUGGCUACUGAUCAAGAAAUUGAAGAAGAGCUACACAAGUUAACGACAAAGCAGACUAGAGUCUUUAUAGUUCAUAUGACCCCAAUUCUUGGGUCUAGACUUUUUGAUAUAGCAAAGGAGGUUGGAUUGAUUAGCGAAGGGUAUGUUUGGAUAAUGACUAACGGGAUGACUAAUCUGUGGAGUUGGAUGGGUCAUUCUGAUAUGGAAUCAUUGCAGGGUGUAUUAGGUGUCAGGAAUUAUGUUCCAAAAUCAAAAGAGUUGGAAAGUUUUAAGGUUCGAUGGAAAAGGAAAUUUUUGCAAGAUAAUCCAAGCAUGGUCAAUGCGGAAUUGGAUAUUUUUGGGUUAUGGGCUUAUGAUGCUGCAUUUGCACUUGCCAUGGCGGUUGAGAAACUUAGCAAUGCAAAUUUCAGCUUUGAAGAGCCAAAAGCUGUUGGAAGUGCAAGAACGGAUCUUGAAUCUUUGGGGAUUUCUCAAAAUGGUCCCAAACUCAUCCAAGCUUUGUCAAGUACGAGAUUUAAAGGCCUCCAUGGAAAAUUCGAGUUUGUUAAUGGGCAACUUGAACCCUCUGUUUUCCAGAUUGUUAAUGUGAUUGGAAAUGGUGAAAAGGCAAUUGGGUUCUGGACGUCCAAAUAUGGACUGGUUAAGAAACUGAAUUUUACAAACUUAACGGGAUAUUCUACUUCAAGGGCAAAUCUGGGAACUAUCAUGUGGCCAGGAGAUUCCCACUCUGCUCCCAAAUGUAAGAGGUUGAAGAUUGGUGUUCCAGUGAGGAAAGAAUUUAAAGAAUUCGUUGGUGUACCACCGGGUUCAAGUCCCAAUUCAAGAGUCAACCCCACAGGCUACUCCAUAGAUGUCUUCGAAGCCGUCAUGAACGCAAUGCCGUACGCCGUCCACUACGAUUUCUAUGCCUUUGUAAGUACCGACGGAGAGGACAUCGGAACUUACAAUGAUCUGAUCGAUCAAGUCUUUUAUGGGAAAUAUGAUGCAGCGGCCGGAGACAUUUCUAUCAUUGCAAAUAGGUCACUGUAUGUCGACUUCACGUUGCCUUAUAUAGCGUCUGACGUGGUGAUGGUGGUUCCAAUUAAAAACAACUCAAACACGAAUGCCUUGGUGUUCUUGGAGCCUUUGACAGGUGACCUCUGGGUCAUGAGCGCUUGCUUCUUCGUCUUUAUCGGAUUUGUCAUCUGGGUCCUUGAACACAGAAUCAGUGAAGAUUUUCGUGGACCGCCUUCACAUCAAGUGGGAACAAGCCUCUGGUUCUCUUUCACAACCUUGGUCUUUGCCCAUCGUAAUGAUCUAAUAGAAAAUUCAAGCCCUUUGGUUUCUAAGAUAGUGCUUCACUCGAGAGAGGAGGAGAGAGUGGUGAGCAAUUUGUCGAGAUUUGUGGUGAUAAUAUGGUGCUUUGUGGUACUCAUUCUUACACAGAGCUACACGGCCAGUUUAACUUCUCUUCUAACGGUUAAACAGCUGAAACCGACCGUAACGGAUGUGAAUGAACUAUUGAAGACUGGGGAAAAUGUGGCGAUCAAAAAAGGCUCCUACUUCGGAGGAUUCGUCCGGCAGCUGAAUUUCAAUUCGGCCAAUGUGAAGACAUUUAAUACGACCGAUGUUCUUGAUGAACUUUUUACCAAGGGAAGCGCCAACGGUGGAAUCGCAGCCGCAUUCAUGGAAACACCUAGCGUGAACUCGUUUCUUGAUAAAUAUUGCAUGAAAUACACCACUGCUGGACCAACUAUUAAGACUGGUGGCUUUGGAUUUGUGAGUUUGUGAGUUCUUCGAUAGCUCUCCUGUCCUCUUACCCAUAUAUCAUGCUUAUUUUUUUUUCUUCUUUUGGUGUGUGAAAUUUUUAUUUCUAGGUUUUCCCAAAAGGUUCUCCUCUUGUAGCAGAUGUUUCGAGGGCAAUCUUAAAUGUCACUGAAAGUGAUAAAAUGAGGGAAAUUGAAAAUAAAUGGCUCAAGAAUCAUUGUACUGCAUCUAGUACCUCGGUCUCUUCUAACAGGCUGGAUCUUGGGAGCUUUUGGGGCCUCUUUCUCAUUGCCGGGAUUGCUGCAGCGUUAGCUCUCAUCAUCUUUGUGGCCGAUUUUCUAUACAAGCAAAGGCAUGUCUUGUGUGGCUCAGAAGCUUCGGCCUGGAAACGAAUCCUUCAAGUGUUAAGAAACUUUGACCGGAAAGAUUCAACCACUCCUACCUUUAGGCAAAGUGAACUAACUGAAGGAAGACGAAUUGAUAACAUAGAAAUGAUCUGCUAAAGCCUCGAUAAACACCAACUGCCCGCAUUGUGCAUCAAACUUGACCAGACAGAUUUGAGCUUUGUUUUCUUCGGAGAGCAGAGAAAGGCUUUCAACUAGUCAUGAAGUUGAAGACACAAGCAGCAUACCAUCUCCAGAAAUAGCAGUUCAUGAGCAUACAACAUUUCUAGAAGCAACAAAAGAAAAACAUACAGAAAACGAGUAGAUAUAUUAGCAAGAAAAUAAAAUGGAGGAUAUACCUUCAAGUGUUGUUGAGCAUAUAUAGAAAUUACAUGGAAAUGAGAAAAAGUGCAUGAAGUACUAAUUC